AGAAGCACUGCCGAACCCAAAACAUGAGAUGACACGCCUGCCGCUGCAGUGCUGCAGCACGACCUCUCCUGAGAUUCCCGUCGUCUGAUCUGAGCAAGCGAGGAUUUGGCGAUCGAAGUCAACAUUGUUACCAAACAAGGGCUCCCCUGGAAAUGCCGUCAUCGCCGCCUGGACGCUUAAUCUCAACGUCUGGUUCGUCUGAAAGAUUUCCUCCCAUCUUUCACGAACUCUUUCCUUCCUUCCUGCGCCUGACUCCAGGUCCUCCCUCGCUUGCAAAGAACAAGCUCAUCUCCAAAUAGCCAAUCUUCCCUCAUCACCCAAUCAAACUCUUCACAUCCUACUCAGCCACAACACGCUGCAUCCAGUAUUGGACCCCAAACGGCAAAACCAAGGCACUGGUCAUCUUCAACACUCUCCCCUGUCACUGAACCCCUACCCUUCACCACUAUCAGCCAAUAACAGCGUUCUCACACUUGUCAGCCACACUCGUACCCCUGAGCGCUACGUCAGCGCUCGCUCGCUACAACUGCCAGCGCGGGACGACCAGCACAUCUUCUCCACAAGCAGCUUAGAAUUGCCGGGUAAAUAACCUUGAAUUCUUCGUCUCCACUACCAGAUGCCAUUUCCCCGGCUCUACUUCUGAGAGACUUUGAAGGGAUGAUAGCCAGUUAGAAGAGCUGGAUGGUGUCAAGCGAGGAGAGGAACAUCCACUCUGGGCUGGACUCUUGCAGGGCAAGGAGUGGAUGAAGAGAAGAUGGAAAAUCUGGGCUUGCAGAGCCACAGUCUGCCAGCUGUUCUGGCUGGCCUUGUGGAUGUGAAAGUGGAUACCAACAACCCAAAAGAGCAGCAUGGCUGAGAAAGUGACGAAUGAGACGCAGCUGAGGCGUACCCAGGUAAACAUCCAUUCCUUUCACCUCAUUCCAGGUUCCUUGCUUUGUGGCUUGCAAACCCUGUACGCACCAACCAGCUUUUGACUAGAGAAAGGAGGAACCUAUGAUGCGUUGUGAUUGUGAUCUUCUGGCUGAAGGGCUGAAAGGAAAAGUGAAACAGGAACAUAAAACCUGACCUGUUCCCUCCUUCCACGACAUAUCUUGGAAUCACUCUACGCAACGACAACACCACGGUACGAUACUUUAACUUGAGGUCCUCGCUUCAUCCUCUCCUCAUCAACCUCAUCUCUUCAUCUCUCUACACGAUUACUACACCAACAUCACAAUGGCCAAAACUGGUAUCUUCCAUCACGUAGGAACGUUCCUACUCCUCGCGGCCUCGGUCCUCCUAGUUAUCACAACUAUCUCCGCCCCAAUCAUCAACAGCAUCCCAAUCCUAAAGGUCAACCUCGCCAAUGGAUCUGAUGUCUCAUUUGGUACCUUCGGGUACUGCAUCUUAAACGUCGAUGAAGAUUCGUAUGUCCUCCCUCCUCCACUCCCACCCAAACCACUUCACCUGUGCUCAAGUUCCCAAAGCAAAGACUAACAACCACAACAGCAAAGACUACUGCUCCGGCCGCCACAUCGGCUACAACCCAGCCAACAUCAUGACCCGCAUCGAAAACACCGACUUCGGCUCCGCCUCCGAAAACACCUCCGAGGGCCUCACCCGCGUCAUGGUCCUCCACCCCGUCGCCUGCGCCCUCUCCUUCAUCGCCUUCCUGCUCGCGCUGGGCAGCGGCUUCAUCGGCGCGCUCUUCGCAUCCUUCAUGUCCGCCCUAGCAUUCAUCGUCACCAUCGUCGUGAUGGCCACGGACUUCACUUCUUUCGCUAUCAUCAGAGACCAUGUCAAUAGAGACGAUAGCGGCAGCAAGGCGCAUUACUCUACGGGUAUGUGGACUUGUCUGGCGGCGAUGGUGUGUCUCUUCUUGGCGACGUUCGUGGUGCUGUUUACGUGCUGCUCAGCGAGGAUGCAUAAGAAGAGGGAGAGUAGAGUGGGGCAUGCGGAGAAGGGGUAUGUUGCGAAUGGGACGCAUACCAGGACGAAGAGGCACUUCUGGCAGAGGAGGUCGAGGACUACUACUACCGCUGCGUACUAG